AUGGCGGAUCAAAAGCCAGCUCCCAAGAUCAACCGGUCGGUGGAAUUGCGGUGUGUUGGCGACUGGGGUCAAGCCAAUUUCCACCGGAUUUUGUCAUGGUUAACCCAAGAAUUCUGUGACCGUACUGGGCCACAGAGUCGGACUCUGAUUGCAUCCCUGCGUGAUGGAGGCAUGGAUUCUCCGCUUCAAGUUCAGCAGGGAGCAGCAGAUAUUGGAAUCUGCACACCGGCCAAUAUCCUCAAGGCAGCAGCAACAGGCGAAGAGACCUUUGCAAAGACAGGCCCGUUACCUGAUCUGCGCGCAUUAGCUGCUCUUCCACAAAGAGACCGCAUGAUGUUCGCGAUCCAUCCACGAUUCGGCGUCAAAUCUUUUGCCGAGAUUCGAGAGCAUAAGCUCCCACUCCGCAUUGCUGUCUCAGCCGACGAUGGCACCAACUUUAUUGGAUACGUGGCGGCGCGAAUGUUGGAAGCUCAUGGCCUCGGCGAAGAGACUGUCUCCUCUUGGGGCGGUUCCUUCGUGAAGGCUUGUCGGCCAGAGCAGGUCUUGGAACUAGUUCAAACCGGCCAAGCCGAUGCCGUUGUUCAGGAAGCGAUUAUGACCCCCUGGUGGAGAGAUCUAAUCGAGAGCAAGGCCAUUGUGCCCAUCUCAGUUGAGGAUUCCGCGUUAAGCCAGCUUGGGAGCAGAGUCGGGUUCAAUAAAGCUUUCGUUAGAAAAUGCUUUUGGAAAACAAUUGACUUUGACGUAGCAUGCGUGGACUUUUCUGAUUUUUUGGUUCUGGUUCCGGCCAGCAUGAGCGACGAUGUUGCCUAUUUACUGACGUGGUGUUUGGUGGAGACACGUCAAACCCUAGAAGCUCAGUAUCGCCAUAUUCCCCCAGAGAGAAGUCCUCUUUCAUAUCCAUUGGAUCCGGUGAAGAUGGCUCAUACUACAAUAUUGCUGCACCCUGCUGCUGAGAGAUUCUACAAGGAAAAUGGAUAUUUAAGUGAAUGA